GCAAUGCCACCUUUAUUGCCAUCUACGACGCCGUCAGGUGCAGCGGUAGUUGUCAAACCUAAGAGUCUCUACGAAAAGUUUUAUUUAAUAUGGUAUUUUAGUGUGUAGAAAGUGAUUUUUCUCUCUCAUUUCGUGUCAUUUAUUCUUCUAUUCUUCGGUGAAUCUAGACAAUUUCAUUUCAAGUAGAGCAAACUAAAGUGUAUCAUUGACGUUCUCCUAACAUCGACAUACUCAAGAGGAAAUAUUGUUUUAAUGAUCUACCUUGAAACAAACGAUCAUGUCGAGCGAUCCAUUGAGAUGGCGAUCGGUUUAAUUAUUUUUUUCAAGUCUUAACUCUUCAUUUAUGGACUUGAUAGAAGAAAUUAAUGCCAAAACGAAACAGAUUUAAAAAUUAAAAACAAUGGUCAAUAACACACCACGGGGUAUACCCCGUAUUCAAGUUUUUAGGCCCACUUAUGAGGAAUUUAAAGAUUUUACAAAGUAUAUAGAGUAUAUGGAAAGCAAAGGAGCUCAUAAAGCAGGAUUGGCUAAAGUUAUUCCACCUCCUGAGUGGAUACCGAGAAAAAGUGGUUACGACCUGAAUACUUUAGAUCUUACGAUUCCUGCACCUAUAUGCCAAGUUGUUACGGGAAAGCAAGGUCUUUACCAACAAAUUAAUAUCCAAAAGAAGUCAAUGACGGUCAAAGAAUAUAGCAAAUUAGCUAACUCUGAUCGUUAUAAUACGCCUCGACAUUUUGAUUAUGAAGAUUUAGAAAGGAAAUAUUGGAAAAAUAUAACAUAUGUAGCUCCCAUAUAUGGGGCAGAUGUAUCUGGUUCAUUAACCGAUCCCGAUGUAAAAGAAUGGAAUAUCAAUCAUUUAGGGACGAUAUUGGAUUAUGUAAAUAAGGAUUAUGGUAUAUCUAUAGAUGGCGUUAAUACGGCGUAUCUAUAUUUUGGAAUGUGGAAAACUACAUUUGCAUGGCACACAGAGGAUAUGGAUCUUUAUUCGAUUAAUUAUCUGCAUUUUGGUGCACCAAAAACUUGGUAUGCUAUACCACCAGAGCAUGGCCGCAGACUAGAGAGAUUAGCCAGUGGUUUUUUUCCAUCUAGUUAUCAAAGCUGUCAAGCCUUUUUACGUCAUAAAAUGUCAUUAAUAUCCCCACAAAUAUUGAGACAAUAUUCUAUUCCGUGUAAUAAGAUAACGCAAGAGGCAGGGGAAAUAAUGAUAACAUUUCCUUAUGGAUACCAUGCUGGUUUUAAUCAUGGUUUCAAUUGUGCAGAAUCAACAAACUUUGCUACCCCCAGGUGGGUAGAAUAUGGUAAACGAGCGACCCAAUGCACAUGCAGUAAAGAUAUGGUAAAAAUAUCUAUGGAUACAUUUGUCAAGCGCUUUCAACCGGAAAGAUACGAAUUAUGGCUUCGCGGGGAAGAUAUUGGUCCUCACCCAGAGGAUCCGAGACAAACGGCAGCGCCUAUGCCCUCUCAGAUGGAUUUAUUGUGUAGUAACAGCAGUAACGGACAGUUACCACAAAGUUAUUUAAAUGCCGCUCCUAAAAAUAAAAGACAUACCAUUCAUAAGAAGAAAAAUAUAAUUGGUACCAAUCCUGAUGUUGAUAUGGCCGAGUUAGUUAAUCGUUCAGACAUUCCGGCGGAUUUAAAGAAGGCUUUACAAGAUCUCGAAUUUGAGGAAGGUGAUGAUCAACCAGACGAACAACAAUUGGAAGUAUUGGAAGAUAUUUGGCUUAAGGCAGGUGAGAUGGAUGUCAACGAAGCAACUGUCUAUGACGAUGGCUAUAAUCGUAAAAAGGGUAGAAAGAGAAAGAAGAAGCAAAAUGGUAACGAAAAAGAGAAAAAGGAUCAGAAAACAAAGAAAAAUUCUGGCAAACUGAUUAAUCCAAAGAGCACAGACGAUGUGACGGUUUUGAUUAAAUCAGAAUCAGAAUUGAUUUCUGCAGGUUCUAAUCAAGAAUCAAUCGAUCAACAGAAUUUAUUAAAUCAAGAUAAUUCAAUUCAAACUAAUGAUAAUGUCGCAUCGGAAAGUAACAGUAAUACAUUGAUCUCUCAAUUAUCAAACGAUGAAUCUAAUUCGCUGGAAACUAUUAAUAAGUCAUCUCCUAAGAAAAGGAAAAAACAUUCUAAAACCCCGGAACAUAAGAUAAAACAGAAAAAUAUUUCUAAAGGCAAGCGUAAACAGACAAACAUACCUUUAUUUGUUCCUAAUGAGCCGCUAGAUGUUUCUGAUGCUGAUGUUCAGCGUAAGCUAAUAGCAAUGCCAAGUCUUAGCCCCCAUAAAGUAUCUACUAUGAAAGAUAUUUCUAAUAAUCAAAGGAAGAUUAAUCUACUACCAGGCAAUAUUAUUUCUGUUGGAAAUGAAUUUAGUAUGACCACUAUGAAGGAUAAAACGGUAGUAAAUAUUACCAAUAGUGGACAGAUAAUACAUUCUCCUUAUGAAGACGAGAAACAGAUUGACGGUCCUAUAAACGUUGAUACGCAAGAGAAACAAUGUUCUCUCAUGAAGAAUACCAAAAAGGCAAAUACAAAGCUUAUUUAUAAAUCAACAUUCCCUAAUAUAAAUAUAUUAAAAAAUAUUGCUGUACAAAGUAAACAAAUUGAUGAAAGUGCAGGUAUAAAACCUUUAAAUGAAGAUUCGAAAAUUUAUACUCAGGAUACCAAGAUGAUUGGUAAUACAUCUUACAAAAGUGUUGGGACGGUACAAACAGAAAGAUGUAUUACAAAUUACACAAGAAAGGAUAUAAUAAAGGCGCCUAGGCUGAUGCAUUUAGAUUUGUCCAAUACCAAAGUAAUAUCAAAAGUAGAACUCGAUGAUACUGUUAAGGUCGAGAAAGGGCUACAUGUUGCUCCUAAUUUGGUAAUGUUAUCCAAAGAUGACGUACACAAUACGAAGCAAGAUACGAAGCGCAUUACGUUUUUGCCGAAUACAUCAUUCAACGCUGACCCACCAAUAUUACAAAGCGAAGUUAUAGGCAAAGAGACCGUAGUACAAAAGAACAAAGAAAUGGACAUUUUAAAUCCUUCAACGACAUUUACUAUUCAAACGAAAAGUAAUACAGGUAUGUGUAAUUAUUUUCCGAAAAGUAAAAUUUUACCACAAUCACUUUGUCAAAGUAAUAUCAGCGGAAAGAAGAGUAUAGAAUUAAAAUCAAUUAAUGAUUCAAAUAAUAAAGAAAUGACUAAAAACUUUUGGCAAAUUCCAUAUAAUAACAGUAUUUUCUUAUCAAAUGACAAAUGUAAUAGACCACUUCAAUUAUCUAUAGCAAAUGCAAAAGGAGGAAGUGGCAUGUUGAAUACAUGUACAAAUAUUCAGAUAGGUCCCGCAACAACUGCAACCUUUACAACGCUAAAGAAAUUAUCAGACACAAACGCAGUCUUACUAGCUACACCUCCUAAUCCAUUAUCCUCGCAAUGCUCAAAAAUUACUCUAAAUUCUCCGAUUCAAUUGAACACAAUGGAACCAAAUAAAUCCACCUUACAUAGUAAUGAUAAUUCAUCAACAAAUUUUACAUCUUUGACGAGAGUUUUACCAUCGUCGGAACAAAUGGUUUCGAAAAAUUCUUUAAUAGUCCGAAAAAUUGAUAACGAACAAGGAACUUGCGGAAAAUCAAUAAAACAUACAAGUACAAAAUCAUUGCUUAGUUGUACAGUAAAGAAGAUCGACGAAUCAGCUAAUUUAGAUAUAAAACAAGCUAGUACAAGUGUAUUGGUGGAUAAGGUCGAAGGUAAUAUGCCAUAUAGUUUAAAUUAUCAUUUUAACAAUUUACAAAAUCAGCAGAAAGCUGUUAUGACAUCUUUGAUAAAGCAAGAUGAUAAGUACUUUAACGUGUCUAAACCUCAACGGCAAAGUAUAGAGAAAAAUUCUAGCAAUAAAUACUUGACAAUGCCAGAAUUAAAACCGAUCAAGUCACCCAUAGCCAGAAGGAAAUCCAAAGAGAAGCUUAAAAAAGCUACAACAAGGAAAAAACAACUUCCCGAAUCGACAAUUAUAUCGUUGGGUUCGGAAGAGAAAAGUUCUUCCAGUUCACAUCCGGCUCUAACCAUACCUGGUCACAUUUCUGAUAUGUUAAAUCCAAAUAUUCCGAGCAAUGACCUAAUGAAAGCUUUCAAUGAUUAUUGGAGUGCUCAAAUUUCACACUGUGCAAUUUGUGCAACUUUUGCUUCUACUCGUUGUGGAAAUAGUCAGUUAAUGCCACCUGAUUGGAAGUAUUGUAAACCUACUAUUCUACCUGAAAGUUCUCCAAUAUGGGUAUCGGCAACACUUUUUGCUGUAAAUUCAAAAGAACAAGCUAUUGAAUCGGAAAAUGACAAACUAUUGAGAUGUCGUGAAUGUCAUGUAACAGUUCAUGCUUCCUGUUAUGGAAUUACAGUUUUGCCCACUGAUCCAUCAAAUUGGGCAUGCGAUAAAUGUAAGGCUGGUAAAACUGACGUGAUGUGCUGUUUAUGCCCUAUGCGUGGGGGUGCUGUGAAACGCACGAGCGAUGGCGGUUGGGCACACAUUUUGUGUGCUCUGAUACUACCAGGUGUAACUUUUAAAGAUGCUAUCAAUAAAGAUCCUAUUAACGUAUUAACAAUUAGAACCGAUAUUUUAAAACAACAAUGUUGUUAUUGCGGGUACAGCGACGGCGCUUGCCUCAGUUGUUCCCAAUGCAAUAAUUUAUUUCACCCUUCGUGCGGACUUGUGGCAGGUGCUACUUUUGUAAUACCGGUAUACAAUAGUCAAGAACUGCAGGUAACAUGCCAUGGCCAUGACGACGGUAAGGAAAAAAUUCCUAUUAUUCGUCAGGGCGAAACAGUAUGGGCAAAACACCGGAAUUCGAGAUAUUAUAAAGCAAAAGUAGAGUCUAUAAAGGAUACACUUUUCUAUAUGGUCACUUUUAGCGACAACAGUUUUAGCGAUGAUUUGUAUCCUUUGGAUAUAAUUAAUUAUGAUCCUGGAAAACCACCUCAAGUUGGCGCGGCUGUUACUGUUAAUUGGACAGACGGUGAAGUCUAUGAUGGUACUUUUGAGGGCACUAAUCAUCAAAUUAUGUACACCGUAAUUUUUGAAGAUGGUUCUCAACUUGCCUUAAAACGUAAUGAUAUUUAUAGUUUACAAGAAGAUAUGCCAAAAAGGGUACGCUCACGUUUGUCCGUUGCCACAGAAAUGAAGCACAGGUAUCAUCUUUACGGCAUAGAGGAUGAAUCAAACGCGCAAAGGCACGCGAAACAAGUGAAAAAUUGUGAUUAAGGCACCAAUGUGUAUACUACCAUAAUGUAAAUAAUCAAUAGGCACAAUAAUAUUUCAUCUCGUUUCUGUAAAUAUUAAAUUAAAAUGGUAUCUAUAUGAUUCAGGAUCCGUUCCAGAUCCAGGGGCAAUCUCAUAAUUGUCAUAUAAUCUGAUUAUAGGGAAAUUAUUUUCAUUAUUUAAGAAGAAUUAUAAGAACACAAUUUUAUACGGAGAAAGGGAAAAAGUUGAUACAAAAUUUAUAUUAAAAUUUGCAAUAAAAAGCGAUCUCUCACUAAGGUGCAUCUUACGACGGCAAUGAUGAAUAUUUAAAUUUUCCUUUUAAUAUUCGUAUUUUAUACUUUGACAAACUAUUAGAAUUGAUUUAAGAAUUGUUUCUGAAAGAGGGUAGCCUCAAGAGUUAUGGAUGAUCGAUGUGUGAAAGCAUGUGCACUUGUGUAUAUCUCUAUCUGUAUAUGUAUGCCUGAGAACUCUUAAAAUGAGUAAAAAGCAGUUGAAUAUCGCGAACUAGUAGUAGACACAAUAUUGUAAAAUAUGCACUAAACCACAUGUUCACGUUCGCUCGUCCGAUUAGAUUUCUUUCAGACGUUAAACGAAAUUUUGUUUUCUAUCAAUUUUUCUUUAGACUUUUCAUAGACGUUCGCUCACAAAGAGAGAGAGAGAGAGAGAGAGAGAGAGAGAGAGAGAGAGAGAAAAAGAGAGAAAGAAAGAGAGACAAGGUACUCUGAAAAUAGAUCCGAUUGAUCUCCUCUUCAUAGAAGCUUUGAGAAAAACCUUUUGAACAUUAAAAUAUGUCUUAUUAUAUUAUUUUAUUAUAUUCAGGAGAAAUGUAUUUAACAUUUCAUUCCUCAUAUUAAAGAAAUCAUUUUUUCCAUUUUUUAUCUAAAUAUUUGACGUUUAAUGCGAGUAUUAGAAGAUAUCUACUUUAAUUCGUUUUAAUUAGAAUUUGUAUUGGUUCAAAUAACUUUCAAUCAAAACAUUUAUUUUUAAAUUUGUCUGCUUCUCUGAUUUAAUUAUUUCUUAUUCGUUUUCUUUUUUUUUAUUAUUUCGAUCAAGAAAGUAAGAAUUAUGAUGUUCAUAAUGGAAAUGAAUACUUUCUAUUUACAGUAUAUAAUUAAUACUCGAUCAAAUUAAUAUGCGUAAACAUUUUCAAACGGACCUUUCACGAAUGUGUACUUUUAGAUUUUCUAUUGCAUACUAUACGAAUCAUUUCAUUAUGAAAAUCAUAUUAGCAAUUUCUCAUGUUUAAAUGUUUAAAUUUACUUUUUAGACAUCUGAUAUUUUUACUAUGUUAAGUACCCAAAGAGAUAUUGUGUAUUUUUUAAAAAGUCAUUGUAAACAAAUGCUUUAUCAUCGUGUGCGUAUGAGACAAAUUAUUCAUGUUUAUUUUAAUAAUAAUCAUGACAAAACACAUUUUAAUAAUAAUCAAUCAAACACUUUUGUUUUGUUUUUUGUUUUGUUUUUUUCUCUUUUUUCUUCUUUUCAAACAGCUUCCAAUAAUGUUCAUAAAGCAUUCAUAUUUACAUACAAUUGUGGAUAAAGAUUAUUAAUAAGGUUAUAUAGUUUCCUGUCAAUGUGUUGUCAGAUUUUAUCCAAGUUACUUUUUAAAUAGAAAGAGAAUAGUACACACAUCACGCAAAUAUGUAUGCAUGUAUGUAUGUAUGUAUAUGUAUGGUGCGCGCGCACACACACACACACAUACACACACGAAGUUCUUAUGCCUAUACAGCAGUAUCUUCUAGUCGUUAUUAUCAUUUCCUCUGCUGUUUAAAUAUACAUAUGUUUUAAAAGAAAAAGCGUUCACUAUAAAUAAAUUUUCAAGACUACUAAAUUUCUAA